AUGGCUCCUAGCGACAUGGAGAAGACUCAAUCGAACACUCGCCCCGCUUCCGUCGCCAAAGGCUCAGUGACAGAUAUAGCCGGUGAAGCGUCACUAAAGCCAAUUACUCGCAAAGUCGACUAUCAUCUUGUACCACUCAUGCUGGUUUGCUAUUUUCUCCAGUUCCUCGACAAGGUUCUGAUAAACUAUGCGAACAUCAUGGGCCUCUCAGAAACGCUCAACUUCAAGGGAAACGACUUUUCGUGGAUGGCAACAGCUUUUUUUAUUGGAUUCGCAGUGGCCGAGUUUCCACAAGGAGUCUUGAUCCAGAAAUUCCCCGUUAGUAAAGUCCUUGGAAUCAAUGUGGUGCUUUGGGGAACAGUCAUCUGCUGCUCAGCUGCAGCAGUCAAUUUCCCGGGUAUGACAGCGGCAAGAACCUUGCUCGGCAUGUUCGAAGCAGUCAUUUCCCCUUCUCUCAUAAUGAUAACUUCUCAAUGGUACACCAGAAAACAAGCAACUCCUAGAACUGGUAUAUGGUACUGUGGUCUUGGAAUUGGGCAGACCGUUGGCGGGCUCAUCUCAUACGCAGCUCAGCAUGGUAGUAGAACAGGCAGCUUCCAAGGCUGGCGUAUCAUGUUUGUGUCAGUGGGUCUUUUCAACGUUCUGGUCGGUCUUGUUGUCAUUUUCUGGAUGCCUUCCAGCAUCAAGGAUGCCAAAUUCUUGACUGAGCAUGAGCAGCUUGUUCUUCAAGAAGCGUUGGCUGCCGACCAGGGUGGACACUGCGCCAAGGUUUUUCGUCCUUCUGGUAUCUGGGAUGCUCUGAAGGAUCUACAGGUGUGGCUACUGUUCCUCAACACUAUCCUCAUUGUCAUACCCUCGGGUAUCAUCACGACUUUCUCGGCUACCUUGAUCAGAGGAUUCGGAUAUGAUUCCAAACAGGCCGCCUUGCUGAACAUGCCUGCAGGCGUAGUAUCAGUAAGCGCAACGCUCCUUAGCACAUUCGCUAUCCUCUAUGGGUUUCAGAGGUGGUUGGGACUUUGUCUCCUCAUGGUCCCGACUCUCAUUGGAGCUGGCUUGAUGUCUUUCAACUCGAGCAGUCAGGCUAGCUCCCUAGUUGGCAUUUACCUGAUCAAUUUUGACGUGGCACCGCUUGCGCUGAUAUACGCACUCGUCGGUGCCAAUAUCCAAGGCUAUACCAAAAAGGUCACGACCAACGCUAUCAUCGCCGUCGGCUUUUCCAUCGCCAAUAUUAUUGGACCCCAAACUUUCCAGGCCAAGGAUGCACCAAGCUUUCUUCCGGCCAAGGUCACAGUAUUCUGUGUUUGUGGUGGCUCAGUAGUCGUGACGAUUCUGACUAGAAUUCUCUAUGGUGUCCGAAACAGGAAGGGACGGGUAUCACGCGAUAUCGGUGAACUUGACGAGGUCGAAACCAUGGAGACAAUGACAGACAGGGAUAACCCAAACUUCGUUUAUGUAUAUUAG